AGCAAAUACUAACCACCCAAUGAACCACUGAGUGAGUGAGUGAGUGAGUGUAAGAUGCCAGGCUGCUUUUUCUUUUUCUUGAAUUCUUUCUUCUCUCGUAUCAUCAUUUAACCUCCUUAACUCAGCCAUGGAAACUAUUCUUUCUCCUCACCCUAUCUCUCCAAUUAUCAACCCAAAACAUUCCUCUCCAAAGACCCUUUUUAAAUCUUCCUUACAACAAAGAUCAAAUUCACUUUUUUACUCCAGAACUGUCACUUGCAGUCUCAAAAAACAGUCUUUUCAACCACUGAAGGUAUUGUCUUCGAUACCCAGAAGCUGGUUUACUCAUGCACAACAAGGAUUAGCAGCUUUAGCUCUCUCUUUGGCACUCAACUUUUGUCCAGUAGUGUACUCAGGCAAUGCACUGGCAUCAGAAUUUGAUGUCCUCAAUGAAGGUCCACCAAAAGAUUCAUAUGUAGUUGAUGAUGCUGGUGUGCUUAGUAGAGUCACAAAGUCUGACUUGAAGCAGCUUUUGUCUGAUUUGGAGUCUAGAAAGAACUUCAGGAUUAACUUCAUCACUGUUAGAAAGCUCACCAGCAAAGCUGAUGCUUUUGAGUAUGCUGACCAAGUAUUAGAAAAAUGGUAUCCUUCUGUUGAAGACGGAAAUAAUAAGGGCAUUGUUGUGCUAAUUACCAGUCAAAAGGAGGGGGCGGUCACAGGUGGCCCUGCAUUUGUCCAAGCUGUUGGAGAAAAUGUUCUUGACUCUACUGUGUCUGAGAACCUUCCUGUAUUGGCCACGGAAGAAAAGUACAAUGAAGCAGUUUAUAGUUCUGCCAAGAGGCUAGUAGCUGCAAUUGAUGGACUUCCAGAUCCUGGGGGGCCAAAGUUUAAGGACAACAAAAGAGAAUCCAAUUUCAAGAGCAGGCAAGAGACAGAAGAGAAACGGGGACAAUUCAGUCUUGUAGUUGGGGGUUUGUUGGUGAUUGCUUUUGUUGUUCCAAUGGCACAAUACUAUGCUUAUGUCUCCAAGAAAUGACUGAAAUAGCUUUGUUGCAUCAAGUCCAAAGUAGGCAACAAUCUGAAUCCAAGAGGACCUUUGCUGUGAAUCCAAAAAUGCCGAGCCCCUCGGUCGUAUAGCUUCUGAAAAAUAAGCCAAAAAUUCAACCAAAGACUCAGAUAUAUUGUUUAAGUAACUUUAUAUCAGUUUAAAUGAUAGAAUCUUAAAAAUGAAAUGCAGACUAGUGUUACUUAAUCUGAGCUCUAUGCCAAUAUCAAGUUCUAACAAAAUUACUAUUA